GUGGAUUAUGACAAGCUGGCUGCUUGUAUUCUAUAACAAUAGAUGGACAUGAGAAGUGAAGACACAAUAUGUAAAUCUGUACAGCCUGCCGCUUUCUCAUGAUCUGAGACCAGCAGGUGAUGUCAGCUAAGGUCAUCACCAUGGUGACCUUUUCUGACACAAGGCAGGUGACCCCCAUGGAGCUGCCUGAGCCUCCCUGUUUGAGUACCACCCUUUCCCCUGGGCUCAGGCGGAAAAGGAUGCUGUGGCAGAACGCUGUGAAACACAUUAUUAACCAGCAGGAACUCAGCGCUCAGGUGGGUGUGGAACCAGCAAGCAAAAUCUUUGUGACUGAUACCUAUAUAGACACGAUAAACAGACAAAUACGCAACAAGGCCUCACGUGGGGUGACAAAACGCCGCUCAUCCACAUUCAGAAUCCAGGCCCGUGGUUCCACCAGCACACACGGCAGCACUGGAGGUUCUGCACAUGACUUCACUAGUGAUGCAGACUUCUUUGUGCACUGGGGAAAUACAAUUCGUGGUAUUUAUAUACCAAUGCUGAGGCACACCUUCAAGUCCCGUGAGCUGGAGAAACUGUACCAACAAUAUUCAUCUCACCAGAGACGCAACUCUCUAGCCUUCACCAAUGUGAUUGAUGCAGUGGCCAAAAUACACGUGUUGGCUCUGUACCUGGCACUGGCCCCAGAAACUGCUGGAGACACUCUGCGUUGCUGCCUAACAAAUAUUUUUAUGGUGUUAGCUAUCGUGUUGUGUCUUUUGGUGUUAACCUGCAAAGACUACAUGUCCCCACAGUGGCUUCACUACGCCGGCCUGGCUAGCUGGUUCUCACAGACCACACAGGUCUUGGGGGGGCUGGUGUAUGGAUUAGAGAAAGACCCAUCGUGGUAUGUUUUGUUCACACUGUUUGUAACAUACACGCUGCUGCCAUUGCCUCUGCUGUGGGCCAUGUGUGCUGGUUCCCUUACCUCAAUCCUGCACAUUCUGGUGGAGAUAACAAACUGCUACCACGAUCCUAUGCUUUUGAAAAAGGUAUUUGCCAAAAGCCUGCUGUAUCUGGGUAUGAACACAGCUGGUUUGUUCAUCCAUUAUCUGACGGACCAUGCCCAGCGACAGGUUUUCCUGGAGACCCGGCGCUGCAUUGAGGGUCACCUCAAAUUAGAGCAAGAGAACCAGAGACAGGAGCGCCUGGUGCUGUCAAUCCUGCCUCGCUUUGUUGCCUUGGAAAUGAUUGCUGACAUGAGCUCAUUGGAAGAUGAGCUCAGUCCUCAUGAGUUUCACAAGAUCUAUAUUCACCAGUACAAAGAUGUCAGCAUCCUGUUUGCAGAUAUCAAAGGCUUCACUCAGUUAUCAAUAAACAUGUCAGCUCAGGAAUUAGUUCGUACCCUGAAUGAGCUCUUUGGACGCUUUGACCGACUAGCUGAGGAGCACCACUGCUUGCGGAUAAAAUUACUAGGAGACUGUUACUAUUGUGUGUCUGGGGUGCCGAAGCCACAACGUGCCCAUGCCCGUUAUUGCGUUGAGAUGGGUCUGGCUAUGAUCAGCACUAUACGACAGGUGCGAAAGCAGCUGAACUUUGACAUGAACAUGAGGAUUGGUAUCCACUCUGGCUCUGUCCUCUGCGGCGUGCUGGGCCUGCAGAAAUGGCAGUUUGAUGUCUGGUCCUGGGAUGUGGGCAUCGCCAAUAUGCUGGAAGCUGGGGGCAUACCAGGACGGAUCCACAUCUCGAGGGCCACUUUAGAUUGUCUAGAAGGCACCUACAAGACAGAGGAUGGGCAUGGCCGUGACAGGAAUGAGUUUCUACGAAAACAUAACAUAGACACCUUUCUCAUCUGCCCUCCCGAGGAGUGGAAUGAAGAUGACUACGCUGAACCUGCCAAAGUCCAAAAGAGCAGUCGGACCUGGAACCCAGAGAUCCCUUUUGGACUCGUCAUUGACAUGAAUAGUAUCUUGGCCUCCUUUACUAAUGGCUCACUGCCCAGUAUAUGGCAGUCGACCUCCAGAGAGAUUAACAAACGCAUCAAACAUGCUAUUGAAGUUCGAAGCAGUGAGCGAAUGUACAAGGAACACAUCACUCCACUGACCCUGGUGUUCAAGGAUGCACACAUUGAAGAUAAGUUCUCCCAGCUCAGAGAUGAAAUGUUCAACUCCAACAUGGUCUGCUCCUUCAUCGUUCUUAUCUUUCUGAUGGCUGCCCAGACUGUCAUCCCUGCUCCCAGGCAGUUUCCUGCCAUCCUCCAGUUUUUAGUCUUUCUGCUAGCCUACAUGCUCCUGCUGCUGGUCGCCCUUGCUGAAGAGUUCAAGUGGACUCCUACAGCACUGCAGCAAUUCUGCUGCUGGAUUCAUGAAAACAACAGUGCCCGCAACCUCCUCACCCUCACAGCCAUCAUCAUCAACUUCGGCUUGGCCUCCACUGAUAUGGUGUGGUGUGUCCUCACGAACACAGGAGAGGCUGACAUAGCGGACAUGAUAAAGACGGGCUCCCAUCACCUCACUGUCUGCACAUACCCUGAGAUCUUUGUGUUGAGUGGCGUGGUUGCCAUGGUGACAUGUGCGGUGUUUCUCCGACUAAACUCUCUGCUGAAGCUGGGCGUGCUGCUGUUGGUAGUGUUUGUGUACUCCUACCUCAUCCAUCUGGCCUUUGUCAUGCUUGCACGUCACGAUGUGCUGCACAGGUCUCACUAUGUCAGGAGAAAAGGAAUUUCCAUCCUUCUCAUGGCGAUGUUCUUUGUUGCUGUCUUCUACAAUGGACGGCAGUGGGAGGCUACAGCCAGACUGGACUUCCUGUGGCGUCUGCAGGCCCAGCAGGAGGUAGAAGACAUGAGAGAGUUGCGGGAACACAAUGAGUGUUUAUUACACAACAUCCUGCCCAUGCAUGUAGCGCAACAUUUUCUGGAGCGCAGUAGAAAUGAUGAGGAGCUGUACUCUCAGUCCUAUGAUGAAGUGGGCGUUAUGUUUGCAUCUGUCGCUGGGUUCAACGAGUACUUUGAGCAGAGAGAGAUUAAACAUGAAGGAGUGGAUUGCCUUCGACUGCUGAAUGAGAUCAUUGCCGGCUUUGAUGAGCUGUUGGAGGAGUCUUACUUCCAUUAUGUGGAGAAGAUCAAGACAAUCGGGAGCUGCUACAUGGCAGCAUCUGGUUUAGCUCCAAACAAGCAGGCAUCAAUGGAUGAAUGGAAUCACCUGAGUGAGCUGGUUUUGUUUGCCUUGGCAAUGCAAGAGACCUUAAAAGAGAUUAACAGGCACUCUGCCCAAAACUUUGAGUUACGUGUGGGCAUUGCACAUGGGCCGGUAGUCGCGGGGGUGAUUGGUGCCUCCAAACCGCAAUAUGAUAUCUGGGGAUCUACAGUGAACCUGGCCAGUCGCAUGGACACCACAGGUGUGAGUGGACGCAUCCAGGUGCCUGAGGCCACUCGCAAGAUCCUGUCAGAUUGGGGCUUUGUUCUGGAGCUACGUGGAGAAAUAUUUAUCAAGGGGGUAAGUGAGUGCCAGGGGAAGAUUCGUACAUAUUUCAUCAGCACCAUGCGCAGCAAAAGGGCCUACACGGGAUCAGAUUUGCGGCCAGGAGGACGGACAGGAGGCCGUAUGACGCUGGCAGGAGUGGUGUUUGGUCUCGUCCAGGCCAGAAACAAAGAGAAGAUGAGAGAAACCAAUGGGAGUUUUGGUAUGACACCCCGAAAACUGACAUGCUGAGUGCUGAACACAAAGGAGGAUGCUGUUCAUGAAAGUUGUUCCUACAGGUUUACAGCUUGGACCUAGUCCUACCAAAGCACUUGUUCUGGUUAUCUCAGAGAAAUUAAAUAUGUCUGGCAGCGUACUGAAGAAAUCCUCCAUCAGAUUUCUGAAGUCAUGGAGCAAAGGUUUAGAGUCGUGUGUUUUGAAUUUUACCUUCAAAGGAUAAUCCUUCAGGUUUCAAUUUUCAUUUUCUAAAUGCCAUUUUGUACUGUUAAGAAAAAAAAAGCCAACCGGUCUUCUUGUUAGCUGGGAUGAUACUCCAGCAGGACGUCAGACCUCUGAGCCAAAACACAGAAUACCUCCAAGACCAAGACCAUGGCCUAUGCAGCACUGACUAGUGUUUUUCCUACGUUGUCUUGCAUCAUUUUAGUGUUUACAGUUCAAUAUUCUUUAUUUAUUAACUGAUUGAUGCCUGGUUUCAUAUUAUAAAUACUUCCCAGCGUUGGAUAAGUUUAACUAAUACAAUAUUUGUCAUCAGCUCUAAUGCCACUCCCCUUCUUGAACCAAACAACAAAGAAUGUUGUUUAUUUUCAUUUGAUCUAAUAGUAGCUCAUAUUAAAGGCUUGAUGCAAUGUGGUGUUAUCAUUUUACAACCCCAGAGGUGGUAACUUCAAGAAAAGACAGCAAAGUUCUAGAUAGGACUCUGCAGUUGUGUAUGUCAGUUGUUCAAUUAUGCUGUUUCUGUGUACAUGAUCAAAAUAAGUGUGAGUUAACAGAGUGGAAGGUCUUCAUCUGUGUCUGUAAUGUUCCUCAAAUUUUUAUGACAUUUAGGGUGUUCAUAAUCAGGUCACACUUUAACAAAAUGUGUUAUUCUGGAUGUUUGUGUCAGCAAAAAGGAAAAUUGUGCAGUACAUUUUAUAGUAACUGUCUAUUGUUAUACCUUUUUAUAUUUUUUUUAUACAAAAAAGUUGACAAUGUAUGAUUUCUACCAAUAAAAGCCAUGAAGCAUAUGAUAUGAUCAUAUGAGUGAUGAU